AACAGCUGAAAUAGUAGUCCAUUGUAAUGUGCAACAGAAACUUGCGUUUUUGUUAUUUUCAGCUGCUACAGAAAAGGAUGUAUGAUGAAUUUGAGCCUAACAGCAUGAAUUUUAAGCGUAAUAUCUGUAGCAGUCAUGGGUUCACAGCGGGGACUUUAAAACUCCAAUUAUUGGACUUUAUUCAAUAGAAAAGGCUUGUAAAUCUCAGAGAAAAACAAUUUAUGCAGCUAAUUUAUUCAUAUGAAUGAGCUUUAAAUGAUGUACCUUCUCCAUUCUGUCCUGUCUUUCCUGAACAGUUGUUGAAUGUUUAGACGGACAGCGUUUUCCCGGGCUUCUCUACAAUGCUGUAUACUUUAGCAGGAGGAGGCACGCUCUGUGGUGUGGCCGCCCUCGUGCUUCUCAUUGUUUCUACGGCAACGGACUUCUGGAUGCAAUAUCGAUACUCGGGUAGCUCGGCCAAUCAGGGCCUUUGGAGGUUCUGCAUCAACCACAAAUGUCAUGCUCACACCAUAACUGUAGCCUUCUGGGAUGCAACACGGGCCUUCAUGCUGCUGGCCGUGCUGAGCUGUUUCGCCGGUGUGGUGCUCGGCCUGAGCGCCUUCACCAACGGCACCAAGAACCGGAGGGUACGCACAGGUGGCAUCGCCCUGGUGCUGUCAGGUUUUCUUGCUCUGCUGGCUUUGGCAAUCUACACUGGAGUGACUGUCACCUUCUUUGGCAAACGCUUCUUGGACUGGCGCUUCUCCUGGUCCUAUAUCCUGGGCUGGGUGGCCAUCAUUCUGGCUUUUGCUGCAGGUGUGUUCCAGCUCUGUGCUUAUCAGCGGACCACUGCAGAACCUGCUCCUUCAAAUAACCAAGACACCUGAACAAGAUGCAACAGCAUUUAGCCCUAAGACUGUUGCAUUGGAUGUCACUGCUGCUUUGAGUACCUAGA